AUCAAUUGUACCAAUACAAUAAUAAUCUGGCUCCGAACAAAUGGUGUUCCAACUGUGAAAUCUCAGGUUGCCUCACGCUCUUUUCUCCACACUUGAGUCUUACUCAACAUGUCUUACGAACAUUCCAUUCUCUAUUAUCGUGCUGGUUUAUCCGUGAUCACAACAUGUUUAAUAUUCGGUGGUUCUCGUCAAGUUAGUGGGAUUGUUUUCCGUCGUGAGUCAAGAGAAAGUUAUAGCAAUAACGCCGUUGGAGAUUCUUGGGAGAAGGAAAUUGGACGCUCUUCAGAAUCUUUGAGAAGCUACAAUGAUAGAGACUAUCAACAACAUUUUUCUGAAGGAGGUGGUAUUCUGAUUGACAAUUCAAACUUUGCACACGAAGCUGAUCUCGACGAGGAAACCAAAAAAGUGAAAGAGGAAAAGAUCAAAUGGAAAGGCUGGAAUUAUUUAGAUACAUCAAAAGGUGGUUGGACACCUCAUGAAAAAACAGUCAGUUUCCAAUUCUUGGAUGACGAUGGGAGGUAUGCUCAUGCUCCACCACGCUGGCCCCACGAUGAAUAUAUGCUCCAAUUUGGUCACCCUUUUGUUCCUCAAGAUUUUGGACUGAAAAAUGGUAGUGAUGCUGCAAAUGUGGGAAUAUCGAAUGCUUUGUCUGAAACCAAUAAUUUUGAGUCAAACCGAGCUCAUGAAUGGCAAAAGCUACGACCUUACCCUUCAAAGGGACAUUUUAUCGGGCCUGGCUUUUAUGAUGGUUCAACCUCCAGUUUAGCAUACAAUCCCCCUCCUCCGUAUAAUACCCACCAAGCAAUUACCGAUAGCACCAUCACCACUUCGAGUGCGAGUGCCUCAUCCAGCGGUGUUGACUCUGGGGAUGGACAAAUUCCAAAUGCUGUCAGUGAAUCAGCCACCCAUGGGAAAUUAUUUCCAGGAGCGUAUGGAGGGAGUCCUUAUGACUAUUACCGAAGAAAGAGGUUGCGCUUAAAGUUGCAUCCGGGGCUGAUUGCUGCUCCGAUCGCAGGAUUUGCUGCGUAUAAGGCUGUUUCUGCCAUUGCUUCAAAACCGUUGCUCUUUGAACUUGGAUGGGUCGGAAAUAAACCGAACAUUGAUUUUGGAGGUGGGUGGGGUUGGCCACAACAACCGAGACCGCCUUAUCCCUAUUAUCCAAACCCAUACCCUUCUCCAGUAAUUCACCCAAUUCACAUCCCACCCGGUCAUGGUGGUCCAAUCGUCCCAAUUUUGAGACCAAAGAGGGUUCAACAGAAUCCUCAAAAGUCUGCUUGGUGGAAUCCUUUUGCUGCACUCACUCCCAGAUUUCAAAACAAAAAAGAUGACCGAACAUUUUGUUGUCAAGAUGAAAAAGAACCAAGGACAAUCUAAACCUCCAGUGAUGACCUCGUCAUCUAAAUAUAUUGCCAUUUUAAAAUUACGAUGACUAUGCUAAAUCGGUAGUCGUCUUGAGAAAACGCUUGCGUACGUAUUAACACAGACAGAUAUAGACAUUCCACAUUAAAGUUUAAGUUAGUAAUUUAUUAUUUACAAUAAAAUUCCACGGUAUAACUAGCU